CAACAUUUAACGCGUACUUAUUUCUUAGUGAACAUUCAAUAUAGAUCUUUCUUACCCGAGCUCCUCGACAACUCGGAAAGGAAGAUGAAGAUCCUCGCUAUCGUCUUUGCCUUCUGCUUCGUCGGGACUUUGGCAUUUUCGAAUAGCAUAAAAGCCAAGGUGGAACGUUUCAGAGCAUCUUGUAUCACAGAGACUAGUAUCGAUCCAAAUUUAAUACAGGGUGCUGAGGAAGGCAUUAUAUCUAAGGCAGACGAGAGACUUGGUUGUUACACGUACUGUAUGCUGAGGAAAAAGGGAAUCGUAGAAGAGAAUGGACACCUUUGGGUAAAAAUUGCCAAGAGACAGUUGAUAACCUACGGAGCUGACGCGAUAAUGGCUGAUGAAAUGGUCAAUAAAUGCAAAAACAUCGCUGGUGGCAACGAAUGUAAGCAAGCUAGUAACUUGAUACAGUGUUUCCUGGAGAUCAGGAGUUCAUACAUAUUCUAACUAAAAAUCAAACUGCUGAAACGAAAUGGUUUAAUUUGCAACUCGAUGCAUUUCGUAAUUUAUUUUGCACAAAAUAUUUAUAGAUUUAAAUUAAUAAAUCAUAAUAACAAGUAUAAUAAUCAAAAUACAAGUUGUUUCUCCAUCUUGUUCUCAUGUCUCCAAGUGUUAUUUAUCUACUGUAAUUAUCUAUUUCCAUUUUAAAAUUUAUGUUAGAAUAUAAAUCAUUUUGUUAAUUAUGAAAAUAGUUACAAUGAAUGGUAGUUUGAAUUUAAAUUGCAAUUGUAAUAAAAAGCAGAAUAAUUCUCAUGCAAUGUUUUAAAUUUGAUGAGCCAUUGAAAUUUAAAUUUGUAUCGAUAACUUAAAUAUCGAUAUUUUAUUGAAGUAUAAAUAAGUGUAUAAUUCCUUUGUUCACCGCAAUAAUUCGCAGAGGGCGUAAAAAACACUCUGAUUACCAUUUAAAGUAGGUAUUACCAGCUCUGGUAUUGCAGAACAUAUAAUAUGAUAACAUCACAAAUUUCUAUAAGACAUAAAAUCUAUUUUAUAUUUCGUUUAUAGUGUUAGUUCUAUGCUAUGUAUGUAUAUGCUGAACUGAAAAUUGUAAAUUGUACAUAAUUCUAACGUACAUAAACUAUACUUUAUAAGCAAUAACUUUUAUUAAAAUUGUUCUUGGAACAUUAUGCUGUAUUCGGUAGUCAUAAAUUAGUUCCACGUUGG